AUGGGUUUCGCCGAGCAGAGAAUCGCCGUCAUCGGCGGCGGCCUAGGGGGCAUGUCAUUUAUGAAUGCAGCGUUGCACGUCGGCCUUGCAAAUGUGCAACUUUACGAAAGAGCGCUCGACUUCAAGGAAGUCGGCGCGGGAAUCAACAUUACUCGAAACGCGAAUCUCAUUCUAGACUCGUACGGACUAAAAGAGGCCAUGACAAAGAAAUCCUCGCGCGACCUGCCAAACUACAUGGAAUACCAUCAUUACAAAACAGGAGAGUAUCUGGGUCAUGUCAAGGACUCGGAUGAGCCGAAGGCAAGACUACUCCACCGAGCGCAUCUGCUGGACACGUUGAGGGAACGGGUUCCGAAAGACCGGCUCCAUUUGAACAAGCAUCUGACCGCGGUCACAAAGUCAGAUGAUGGCAAGGCGUAUCGGUUGCAAUUCCAGGAUGGGUCCGAGAUCGAGGCGGAUAUUGUAGUGGGCUGUGAUGGCAUCAAGUCAGUCAUCCGACAGCAUCUCGGUAUCACCGACGAGCCUGAAUACUCGGGCCAGAUGGUCUAUCGUGGGUUUGUCGAAUACGAUGAGCACUUACCCCCCGCCACGGAACGGCUGUUGCGUCGAACAACCAACUUCCGGGGCCCUCAGCGGCAUAUUUUGAUACUACCUAUCGGGAAUGACGAGACAAAGACAGCCAAGGCAGGAAUCAUUGGGUUCAUGAGCGAGAGUCUCGACGAAUGGACUUCGGAAAACUGGAUGGCUCGGUCUGAUAUCGAUGACCUGCACAAACACGUCAAAGAUUGGUGCCCUGCAGUGCAAGACAUCAUUGCUGGGCUCCGCAGAGAGUCUCUGGAUGGUAAGAUGAUGAAGCAAGCGCUGUAUUCUCGCAAACCAACCGACAAAUGGUACGAGUUGAGCGGAGAAAGCAAUGCCUCGGGAAUCAUUCUCCUCGGUGAUGCCGUUCACUCUACACUGCCUCAUCAAGGCCAAGGAUCCUGCAUGGCCAUCGAGUCCGGGCUGGCGCUUGCCACGAUCCUCAGGUACUGGAAGAGCAACGACUUGGGUGCAGCCUUUGCAUUCUACCGUGACCUGCGCAAACCGCGCACUGAUCGCAUCACGCAGUCAAGCUAUGAGGUUGGCAAACUGGCCAGCUCCCAGGAUCCAGAUUCUUUCGACAGCAGAUUCAACCCAUCGGCGAUGCUAGAGCGCAUGCGGUGGAUUAUGGACUAUGACGUCCUGGACGAUAUAUGGGCACGCAACAGCUGCGCAAUGGAUGUGAGUUUGGUUUCGUAUACGCCAUGUCCCACAGGCGAGAUAACUGACAACCCCAAACAGUCCCUCCGGUCAUCGCCCCACAGUCCCUUUCGGUCGCGACGCUCGCACCCGGCCCUCAAUCACCUCUCGCUCGCACCGUUGACCCCUCGGUUUCCAAUCGACGAUGUACCGGAACUUGACGACUACUUCUCUGGCAGCCAUGUGCAGGCGACCUCGUACCUCUCGAGCUCGUCAGUGCCAACCACGCCGCCCAUCUUGUCCCAUUCACGCACCGGCUCUCGGGCCAGCUCUCGCACACGACACCACAAACGCAGCAAAAGCACAACGCAUGUCUUGAGCGACACCGAUCUACACAGUUUGGGGGAUGAGCAACAAUCACUACGGAAAUCGACGAAUGGAAGGAAAACAGGCUCACGUACGCCCGAUCCGAGGAGUAGUCGCCCGGACUCGGAAUGGCUGUUUCGAGCAGGGCUGGCACUUGCCUCGUCGACAAGGGAGGAGAAAGGGCAGAGCUGGCUGGUGCAACGCGAGAGCUCGACGAGUCUCGUUGCUGCUGAGCCCGAGGCAGCCACCGAGGUGCGAUCUCACCGUCAUGGACGAAGCACUCAUCGACCGCGCUCCGGCUACUCGACUGGCUACUCGACUCCGGCCGCGCAUUCCCGGCAAGCAUCGCGGUCGCGCGGAGGCCAUCGACGGGCUGAGCUGUCCAUGACAGCAAUUGGCGGCGGCGUAACGCCAUCACGGAACUCUCGCAAGUCCAGCAUCGACAGCCCGUACCCUCUGGUCCCGGACUUUGUUGAUGAACAGAUUCGCGCUGAAAUGGCGGCGUCGAUGCACCAAAAUGUGCUGGACGACGAUAUGUCUAUAUCGUCAUCUGGAUCCGACAGUGAAUCUGACGACGAAAUCGACGAGAAGGAGUUCCAGCGUCUGACGCGAGAACGCGGCUUCGGUCUCGGUAGCUGGGUGGACCAGUUUGUCGGCUGGACACUGUUUGGCGUCGAGGACGAUUAUCCUAGUACGCCGCCAGGGCCGAAUGCCGAGCGGAUGGUCACCUUUGCGGCAGCGUCGUCGUCGUCUGACCACGAUGAGGACGAAGACGAAGCAGACCCCACCGACGAGGACGAGUUUGUGAGCCCGAUGGAAAAACCAGGGGACACGGGCGGGUGGGCCGAUGCCAGCUGGUUUCUUCGCCUUGCUACAAAGGCGAUUGUAUAA